ACCAAAAAGCAUAGCCGUUCGGCCAUUCGGAACCAGAUAAAGGAGCGAAAUCCUGAAAAGAUGUUGAAGAGAAAUUGAAGAAGAGAAAGCGGGUCUCCCUCCUGCAAAAGAAGAGAUUGCUGCAGUUCAGUAGAAUGAAGAUUAUGUAAGUGUUGGUUGAAGGAGAAGAAGAUGGCUGCCAAGAUAUGCUUCCCAAAUAUUUCCAAAACACUGCAGAAACUUGAUGAUCAAUAUAAACUGCUACCCAGGUGUCAAUCCAUCUCACAAUGUGAACAAGUUAUAUCAAGCCGUCGGAAUGUCAUGAUUUCUGCAACUCCAUCAUUGGUCAUUAUUCUGGCCAUUAACAGCAGUAGCUUGAUGCCAUUACCAGUUUGGGCUGAGGAAAAGUCGAACAGCAAGGAGAAAGAGGAUGAAGGAGUCCUUGGCACCGUUAAAUCACUGUUUGAUCCUAACGAGAAAACAAAAUCUGGAAAAUUGUUGCAGGCAUACUUGAAGUCAGCGAGAGAAGUUGUAAAGACAUUGCGUGAAUCAUUAAAGGAAGAUCCCAAGGACCUAACUAAGUUUAGGAGAACAGCAGAUGCUGCAAAGGAAUCCAUUCGAGAUUAUUUAAGCAAUUGGAAGGGACAACAGGCAGUGAUCAGUGAAGAAUCAUACGUUGAACUUGAAAAAGCAAUCAGAUCUUUGGCCAGCUUUUACUCCAAGGCAGGGCCUUCUGCCAUUCUUCCUGAGGAGGUUAAGUCGGAAAUAUUGAAGGAUCUGGAUACAGCUGAAGACUAUUUGUGAAUCUGAUCAGGGGGCACCAGUUGAUAAUCUUCAUCAGUUUGGACCACCAAAUAACAGGAUGUCAAAUCCAGGCUAAUUUACUUAAGUGUGGUUUGUUACCUAGUUGAAGUGCAUCGUAAUUGAGUCUGUAUAUCCAGCUGUAGCAAAAUAAAGUGGAGUACAUUGUAUUCUUUGCAAUAGUAUUUAUGUGAAAACAAGUAUCUACCUUAUCUUGUAAUAGAACUUUGUACAACCAUAAGAACCCAAUAACAGUAGAAAAUUUGAAUGA